AUGCAGUGUAACGCAGCCGAAGUGGUCCCGAUCUACUUUACGGUCUCCAGCUUAGCGCAAUACACAUGGCUUGCACAUGCGGACUCGAGCGAUGCCACCUGGUCAACCAAAACGCUCUAUAUGGCGAGCGGAGGGUCGGGUGAAUUUGGGUUUGCCUCGUCCGACUCAUCGACGGACAAACUUACCAAUGUGUGGUGGACCUACGGUCGUUAUGUCAUGGCUGAAGUCAGCGAUGCAAAUUUCUUUGCUGAGCCUAUUGCCGGCGUCGCUGGCUGGUAUACACUAUCAUGGGGUGUUUCUGCCUCGACAGGAACAGACAAGACUCUGGUGACACUGAGGACCGUCGCGCCUUCAACUGAUUCGGUUCUGGCCUAA